UGCAUGUUCCUUUAACAACCAUGAAGAUCAACUCUACUGAAAGAUUCCUGCUGAACUUCAAGAUGGCAGCACUGUGGUUGGUGAUGCUGAUGCUUGUGGCAGCAAGCUAUGGACACCACGACAAGCCUUUUAGAGGAGACAAAGUGAUCCGAGUCACUCCAAAAGAUGAAUCACAGCUUACUGCUGUACAACAACUGGAAGACCAUCCAACAAUCAAAGUCAGUUUCUGGAAAGAAGCCAUGAGACCAGGAAUGUUUGCUGACAUUCAUGUUCCCGCCAAGUACUAUGGCAGACUCGCCAAGUACCUUAACAACAACGGCGUCGAGUUUGUCAUCCAAAUGUUUGAUGUCCAACAUGAAGUCGAUAUGGAGGAGAUCAACCUUGGUAGAUCUGGAGGAUUCUUUUCUAGAUACCAAAGGCUCAACGAGAUCGUAGAUGAAAUGAGAAGAUUGGCAAGUCAGCCAUCGCAAGCCCAAGUGAACAUGAGAAGCGUUGGCAAUUCAUAUGAAAAUCGUCCACAGUAUUAUUUGGAGAUCAAAGGGAGAUCUUCAUAUCAGAAGCCAGUGUUCUUCAUGAAUUGUGGCAUCCAUUCCAGGGAGUGGAUCACUCCAGCGUCUUGUAUGUACAUCAUAAGUCAGUUCGUGAACAAGUAUGGAAAGGACAACAGUGUAACACAAGUGCUGGAUAAAAUGGACUUUAUCAUCAUGCCUGUUCUGAAUGUCGACGGCUAUGAGUACACAUGGAAAGGGAGCUCAAGACAGUAUCGAUUUUGGCGAAAGACAAGAAAGCCCAGUGGUAAUGCUGGUGGUGGUUGGUGGCAGCCCUCGCGACGAUGUAUGGGAACAGACCCCAACAGAAACUGGGGCCACAAGUGGGGACUUCCUGGGGCUAGCAGCAACCCAUGCAGUGACACUUACAGAGGCUCAAGUGCAUUCUCUGAAAUUGAGACAAGGAAUGUUGCAGACUUCAUGAAACGUUUGGGUCAACGACUGAAGGGAUACAUGGACAUCCAUGCUUACAGUCAGUUGUGGAUGAUUCCAUGGGGCUACACGAAGACACCAACCAAAGACCAUCGAGAAUUGAUGAGAGUUUCGAAGGCUGGCGUCGAUGCUAUCCGUAAUAGUGGAUACGGUACACAAUAUCGCUAUGGCUCGUCAUCGGUUAUCAUUUACGCAAAUUCAGGUGGAAGUAAAGACUACACUUAUGGUGAACUUGGUGUCAAGUACUCCUUCGCCCUCGAGUUGCGGGACACGGGACGUUACGGAUUCCUUCUUCCACCACAACAAAUCAUUCCUACUUGCAUUGAAACCUUUAACGGAAUAAUCGCAAUGGCACAAGAAAUGCGGAUUUAGUCAAUAGCGAGAAUCAAAUAAAGUUGACUUGAAAAAACAACUUUCUCGAAG